UAAAAUCCUCAGCAGAACACAAGACAGACACACUUACCUGCUCGUGAACCUGCUCUUCCGGGCAGAGAUCUGGACAAACACACUCAAGAUAUACAUACGUUCCAGCAUGAAGCCUAGGAGGCGUAUGACCUCUGUGGAUCUUCUCCCUACGAUCGCAGAGCUCCAGGAAAGCGAGCUUCAGCAGAGUCUGGAUGAGUACAUGGACUCCAUGCGAGAGCUGUCCCAACCGACCUACCCUCUCAGCGGGCCCCUCCAGGGCUCCCGUCUGCCACCCCUACGCAUGGCCAAAUACCCCAGCAUGUCACUGGCACGCAAGCCCGGGGCUCUCAAUGGACCUGACAACGAUUCACUAACCUUGACAGACUCAAAGGGCCCGGACAGUUCAAAUCAGGAGCCUCUGGACUGGCUGUUCGCACAAGCGCAACACGGCGGGGCGGCACUCGCUCCGACCAGACCGGAAGAGGUGUGCAUGAUAUGAGUAGUAGUAGACACAGCCUCAUGAAUGUGCUGCAAUAAUCAAAACUGUUGCAAUUAAUUAUUUAAAUUUUAACAGGGAUGUGCUCAAAGCUCAAAUCCGGUUUUGGAAAGGCACGGAAAAUUAAUAAUGCAUUCUACGGAGGCCCUAAAGGGACAUGGUCGGGCUUGUUGCGGUAGUCGGUUACAUUACAUUACAUCAGAUUUCAGUUCUGACGUGAAGAUGGUAAUGAUUGACAGGAUGAUGUGGGAGGAUUUGGUGUGGUGUGUGACAAAUAUUUUAUCUUGUGAAUGUGUGUUCAGUACACAUAUUGCUAUACAGAGUACAUGAGAUUGCGACUUAGAAAGUGAAAGUAAAAAGCGAGUGUGCAUUCAAAAGUGAUUUCAAUACCCCGCAUAUUGAUUUCGGCUGCAUGAUGCCUGCAAAUAUACAAUAUAAUUACUCAACUACAUAAUUGCGAGAUGCAGAGCAUUGAAAUAUAUAUUUUUCCAUCAGGGCUCCAUAAGGUAUCAUAUCUUUUCUGAACAUAGUAUUUGGCUUCAGGGACAUAAAUUAAAUCCAAUAUUUUUAUAUUAAAUUUUGUGAUUUUUUUCUUUUAGCAUUAAAUGGGGGCUAGUUGUCACAAGGGAUGCAUCCCAACAACUAUAAUAUAGGUUUCAUUAAUAUCAGGUUGUAAAUCAAAUACCAUUCCGUUAGCCAAAUGGUUGAACAUUUUGUUACCUUUUCCUUUUUUGUUGUUUCAUGAAUAUUAUCUACUAUAUACUGUACGAUACUCUAUAAAAUACACUACUGUUCAAAGUUUAUGAUUAGUAAGAUUUGAAGAAAUUAAUAUUUUUUGAUGCAUUAAAGUCUAUAUUUUUAAUAUCUGUGUUAUCAAAGAAUCCAGCUUUUUUCAAAUUAUAUCUAUUCACAAAAACGAAAGAUGAAGGAUCAUGUGACUUUGAAUACUG